AAAUCAGUCGCAGCACUCCAUUUUGUUUGUUGACAGUUGGAUUAAACAAUGGAAUGGUUAUACAGUUUGGAAACAUGAUUAAGAAAACGUCACGAAUACCCCCACUGUCAUUCAACGGGUAUGGAAACUAUUGUGGUAUGUUUGGCAGUGGAAGAGAAAUGGACAACAUAGACAGAUGUUGCAGCGCCCACGACAAAUGUCUUUCAACAACGAACAGAUUUCAUUGUCUUCCGUUCUUUUACUUCUCUUAUUAUAUAUUGCCAUACAGUUGGUACAUGCAAGACGGUCACAUCCAGUGCGCUCCAACUAAUACACGAUGUGCACAAGGGCUAUGCGACUGUGACAGACUCUGUGCUGAAUGUUUUGCCAAGUACGACAAUGAAUAUAAUCCAGCUCUGAAAAGACGAUUAAAUAUAAUGGGAUGACAAUAAAAGAUCUUAACUACAGUUUUCUUCCUCUUGUUUUUAACAACGUUAUACUGUAAUAUAUAAGGGAUAAUGUCAUUGCGAGAAAUUAAUCUGAAUAUCAUCUUAUAUUAAACUUUGUAGACUGCUUAAUGUUUCAUGGUUAUUCAGCA